AUGAGUGCAUGUUUAUUUUCUCAGCACUUUUGGGGAGAAAAACAUUCAGGGUUUGAUGCUAUGUAUCAAAAUUUCAAAUUAUGUUAUCGCACUUCGUCUGAAUUUGCCGAAUUUCUCCGUGAAAGUUAUACAGCAGAAGACAAUUAUUACAAAACACUAGUUAAACUAUCUAAACAAGCAGGAUCAUACAACAACACUAGUAGUUUCAAACCAUGUUGGUCUCUCCUUAAGCAGUUGAUUGACCAAAUCUCCCAGGUCCACCUAACUAUUGCACAAGAACGACAGAAUCUAUCAAGAGAUGUACAAAAGUAUCUGGAGGAGCAACACAAGAAGCAAAAGCUAAUCAAAGAUACAGAAGCUUCAACGCAGGAAGUUGUACAUGCUUUUCAGGUAACUUCCGUUCAACUUCAGAAAGCGAAGGAGGCAUAUCAUUCACGUUAUAAUGAAUAUGAGCGUGCUAUGCGCUUGGAGUCUGGUUCUAAUCGAGAUCAAGAAAAACUGGAGGUCAAGCUUAAGAAAGCUCAGGAUGAGUACAAAUAUUCGGUUGAAAAGUAUAAUAACCUACGCAACCAGUUCGUGAGCAAAAUGCACAUCUCUUGUGCCCAGUUUGAGGAAAUCGAAGUUGCACAUCUGGAACAGAUGAAAGAAUUUCUGCAUCGGUAUGCAUCUGUCUGGUCCAUCACGGGUGAUGCUUUAGGCAAAUUACACAGUCAGUUUGAUCGUGAUUUAACUGAGUUGACUACAGACAGAUUAUUGAAUAUUCUUGUAACCGAAAGAGGCACUGGGACUUUGGAACCACAAGGUGUGCAGUUUGAGGAUGCAGAGGUUGCUGCCGCGUUUUCAUCAAAUGCAACUGAACGUGCCAACGGAAUAACAACCAAUGGUGUUCGUGUUUUAGAGGCAUUUUUCGCUCGCGAAGCUAGAGCUGCCUCUGCACUUGCAAUUGUAGGUUCUGGUACCAAAGAUAAUGGUGAAUCAAGUCUCAACAGCUUAACAGAUGUUAGAUCAGACGCAAUCUCUGUAACUAGCAUUUCCGUAGGUGUUGUGCCGUCGGUAACAAAUGUAUCAAUUUCUGGCAAUGGAACUGCAAGACGUCGAGAAGGAUUUUUUCGUCGACGCCGUAAUUCCUUGUCACAAGAUCCUGCUCCUGCUGUCGGUGACAAUAAUGCAUCAGGAUCAUCCACCUCAGUCGGUGCGGCCAUUGGGACAAACACCAAUAUUCAAGCUAGUGGUAGUAUAAGUCUCAGUGCUUUCACCGUCGUUGCCAAACGUGGGAUUCGCCGAUUAGGCACUCCUUAUUCAAAUGGUAAAGAUAAACCAAUAAAGCAAAUGGACAAGUCAGAUACCAUUACUUCAAAAAGUGAUGAUUGGCGGACUACUACACCCGUAGAAUUACCGAAAGACGAAGACGGUUAUAACAUUAGACCACCUGAUCCAUGGGGUGAAAACUCUUCAAAUUUCAAUCAUUCUGAGGCUGAUGACUCAGGUUCCGAAGAAGAUCUAGAAAACAAAGCGAACAAAACAUUUCAUGGCCUAAAAGUUAAUAUCCGUCCAGUUGGAGAGUUUGCUCCAGGAGUAGCGCUUAAAUAUAAUGGGGAUAAAUUAGAAUCUCGUCCAAAGCCUUUAGAAACAAUAAGAAGUCCUAAAAGCACUGGGAAUUCACAAGUCCCUUUACUUAUUGAUCAUCGUAUCGGAUCAACACUUCGAUCACCACGUUCAAGCAUAUCUUCAUGUCAAAAUAUUCCUAUCACUGCAGUAUCGGAUGGCAUAUCAAAUCAUGAUUUGAUUAAUGCAUUACCUCUCCCACCAUUGUUACCGCCUCCUCCUCAACCGCCAUCGUCAUCAGUGUCAUCAUCUACCACUGAAUCUUUUGCAGCUAUCGGUGCUGGUGGUUCAAUGCGUGCUCGGAAUGUCGGUUUGUCAUCGUUUAAUACACUCAGUAAGGGUCAUUCAAUUUCAGCGAUACGUCCACGUGGAUACAGUUGCAAUACAUGGACUAAAAAAGAAAAUUCAAAUCAACUAAAUCCUGCAAGAUCAUUGGAAUCAAAAGAUGAAACUAACAAUGCAACUUUCAAUUUGUCGUCUUUUGAUGCCCUAUUCACAGUACAAGAAACCAAUACAAAAGAUAUCUCUUCGAAUAAUAGUAAAGAUUCUCUUCAGAAAGACUACUCUUCAGAUUUUAAAUUUGGUUUUAAAGAUUCUGUUAGUUGUAAUAGUUUAGUAGAUACUUUACAACGAAGUUCAUCAUCUGUAAUGGGUGUUAAUCUAUCACCUGUAAAGAACGAUGAUGGUGGUGGUAGCUUAGUUCGACGAUGUUCUAGUACAGCACCUACUUCAACAGAUAAUGAAUCAUUUGAUCAGUCUAAUUGGAUGGCGUUUGAAACAAAUUCAACUGAAACAAGCAAAUCCUUCAGUACUUGUGUACCUUGGUCAUCUUUCAACGCCAAUAUACAUGGUACUGUCGUUGGUAAAGAAGCUCGACCUAUUCCUGAACCUCCAACUCGCCUUCAUAAUCAUCCGAAUAAUAGUUCUACUAUUGAACCAAGUAUUACACCUUCUCCUUCUACCCAUUCAGUUAAUUUGCCAAACAAUUCAAUUUGCUUAGCUGCUGCAUUUACAGAGACUUGGCAUGCCCGGUUUUUUAAUGGUGGUGGCAGCUCUUUUUCAACCGCAGCCUCUACUAGUCAACCUCCUAUUCAAGCAAUCUAUGGUAGUUUAACACUUGCAUUUCCACGUGCGGAUAUGGAACAAAGACUAUUCAAUAAAUUGCUUAUUCCCCCUCUUGUGUUUAGAAUUACAAAUGCCGAAAGAUUAAAAGAUCUGCAACCUAAACUUUCUGGCUCAUCAAUCAGUUUAUUUUCUGAAAGUACAACUCCUACUACUGAUACACCUCAACCAAUUUUACUCGAGAAUUUGACAGAUAACAAUGCAACACAAAUAAUCAAUAGUGAUAAUAAUAUUAGUUCAGAUUAUAUGCUUACUAUUCCUGGUGAUGUUCUUUCACGUUAUCUUGCUCCAUUGAUAAUUGCUUAUUCAGAUGAAAACUCAUUUUCUUGUAGUGAUACAUCUGAUAAAUUAAAUUCUUCUUUUACAUCUUCUAAUGCACCUACAUAUGUUAAAUUAGAUGUAUUAACUUAUACAGUUGAUUUAAAUGCCGACGUUAAAGGUUACUAUUCUAGUCUUACACCUCCAAUACAUUUAUGUACUUACUGGCGUUGUGAAGCAUUAACCACAGAUUUUCGUUUGGAUUAUACAGUACAAUGGCCUACACCAACUGCUGCUAAGGAAUCUAUGAAAAAUACUGGAGAUUUGCGAAUAAAUCUCAUAAUUGAUGGAACUGUUAGUCAUAUGCAAAGUCUUCCAGUUGGUACGUGGCUCCCAGAAGUUAAUCAUGCUACAUGGCGUAUCCCACUUCACAAUGCUAAUAUUGAUCGUGACUUAUCAAGGGAUAAUACCAGUAAUAAUCCACAUCGGUCCGAAUUCACUUCGAAAUUUGAUGCAACUGGUACUGUUCGAGCGAAAUUCACAUUAACAAAUGGUCCAGGAAAGCCACAACCUGUUAGUUUACAAUUCUAUCGUGAAGGCUCCUUAGCUAGUGGUGUACAAUUAUUUGUUAUUUCAUCUGAUUAUCAUAUGAAUUUAUGUAAAUAUCGUUUGAUUGGUGAUCGGUAUAUAUGUGAUCCACCAACAAAUGUGAAUCGUUUUCAUUCAAAUUCAACGCUUCAAUUAGAACAAAAUAACAAUAAUAUAAAAGAAAAAUUUGGUUCUCUAGUUGUUACUGAAAACAAGAGCGUUAAAAAUAAGAAUGAUAGUAUAAAUGAACAUAAAAUAAAUUCAAUUAAUUUAUCAGCAAUCUCUGAUACACUUAAAUUUAGUCAUUUACAGUAA